AUGUCUGAUAAUGAUGAUGAUCAAUAUCAAAAUUUAACCAAAUCUAUUAAAUUACAGAUAGAAAUUGAAAAUAUUAGAACUGCUGCAUUUGAAGUAUCUCAGCUCUUAUUGGAUGAAUCAGAUAAUGAAUCAAAUAUGAGAAAUAAAAAUAAAGCAAUAAAUAUUUUAUUAAUAACUUUUUCUGAUUUAUAUUACAUUUUUAAUUAG